AUGCAAAACUCAUUGCUAUCAUCACUUGCACGUUUGAAUCCUAGAUUUAUUAAUAGGACUAUUACGCCCGGUCUUCCUGUUCUUUUCCGACCUAUAUCUUCCACGUUAAGUUCUUUUUUGGUGAGAGGAUUUAAAGUAAGGACAGCAGUCAAGAAGUUUUGCAGUGACUGCUACAUGGUGAGACGCAAGGGCAGAGUAUACGUGUAUUGCAAAUCGAACAAGAAACACAAGCAGCGUCAAGGGUAA